AAGUGUCAUGUCGUCCAACUGUAGUUCUCACCAUAAUUUUGUGUUUAUUUGGUUUUGAACAGAUACGGAGGAGCUUUCUUUCCGGUCGGGACGAUGACUAUCUCGUUGGCAGUUUUCUUGAAAAGUUUGCGUCGUAAGAUGUUCUCUUGAAGAAGCGUUUUUAAAAUACUUCAUUCGAACAGACAGCGAAGUUUUACGGUGUAAAAUUUUUUUAUGACCAGCUAUUGGCGACCCGGGGGUACAAGCUUAACUGCAAGGAGUUGAGCAAGGAUAUCUUUCAAAGUUAUGCGACGUGGAACGAAAACAAGGUCUGAUUCAGACUCACCAGACCUUACAAACAUGAAUCACGCCAAUGAUGCGUCCGAACCUUUGACUACAAGCAUGCUAGACGAAGGAGCAACAAGUCCUCUGUCGGCGUCUCAUUCGAAAAGUGGUAAACAUGAAGGCGACUCAAAGAAAGAAAGGGUAGUCAAAGUUGCCCUGCCAGGAGCGAAAAAAGCUCAGUCUGCUGCGAAAAAGAAAAAGUCUACACCAGAUUUGGAUAUCCACAAAGCAAUCACAAAAUGCCGGGAGGAGGGGUCAACUCAUUUGGAUCUAAGCAAAGCAGCGGUAACAGCACUUCCCAAGGAACUCAAAGAGUUAACCCAGCUUAAGGAACUAUAUUUGUAUGGGAACAAAAUUGCAACUUUGCCACCUGAAGUAGGAAUGCUGAAACACUUAGAAAAACUGGCAUUAAAUGAGAAUAACUUGACUGACCUACCAGAUACUCUUGUAAAGCUAAAGAAUUUGAAACUACUGGACUUGAGACACAACAAGAUGAAAGAGAUUCCACCUGUGGUUUAUCAGCUUACGUCAUUAACUACUCUUUACCUUAGAUUUAACAGACUAGUUGUAGUUGAAGCUGGAAUUGGCAACUUAAGACUGCUUGAAAGAUUGAGUCUCAGAGAAAACAAGAUUAAAGAUUUACCAGCUGUAAUAGGUCAUCUUGUUCAUCUAGUUACUCUUGAUGUUUCUCACAACAAUAUUGGAAGCAUUCCUAGAGAGAUUGGCAACUGUGUCCAAAUGACGUCACUUGAUCUUCAACAUAAUGAUAUUCCUGAAAUACCAGACACAAUCGGCAAUCUGACAGAAAUGACAAGACUAGGACUCAGAUACAACCAGCUAUCUGCAGUGCCAGCAUCAUUGGCAAAUUGCACAAAAAUUGACGAGUUCAAUAUUGAAGGGAACAAUGUGUCAGAACUCCCUGACAACCUUCUUCAUUGUUUAAAAAUGUUAAACAAUGUCACCUUGUCUAGGAAUAACUUUGAACACUUUCCAACCGGACCUCCCAAACAGCUCGCUGCAGUUCAAACAUUUAUCAUGGAGCACAAUAAAGUACAAAAGAUUCCAUUUGGAGCAUUUUCUAAAGCAAAGUUUUUGACAAAACUUAACAUGAAAGAGAACCAAAUAGCGGCAUUACCUUUAGAUUUUGGGAGCUGGGUGAGUCUGGUCGAGUUAAACUUAGGAACCAAUCAACUGUCAAGGCUUCCAGAGGACAUCCAGUGGCUUACAAACUUAGAAGUUCUGAUUCUUAGCAACAAUCUUCUUAGAAGACUGCCUCGGGGUUUGGGAGAAUUGAAGAAACUUAGAGUCCUUGACUUAGAAGAAAACCGGCUGGAGUUGCUUCCCAAUGAAAUCGCUUUUCUUAGGAGUCUAGAGCGACUAGUUCUUCAGUCAAACAAUCUAACCACACUCCCAAAAUCAAUAGGAUACCUGACCAAUGUUUCAUAUCUGAGUGUAGGUGAAAAUGAUCUCACGCAACUCCCUGAUGAAAUAGGUAAAAUGGAAUCACUUGAACAACUGUAUCUCAAUGAUAAUGACAGCCUUCAAGUUCUUCCUUAUGAACUUGCGUUGUGUAAUGCCCUUCAGAUCAUGAGCAUAGAGAACUGUCCUCUUAGCAGCUUUCCAGCUGAAGUUGUCGCAGGCGGACCUUCAUUAGUUAUACAGUAUUUGAGACUCCAAGGUCCAUACAGAGGAAUGAUGGCACAGGCUGGUUUGGUUCCUUCCUCAGAUGUCUGAGAAGAUCAACACUGUGCUGUAUAAUUAUCUGAGGAUAGUCCAUGAAGAUUUCAUCAAUAUUUUGAUGUCUUUGUGGCAACUUGAAUAUAAUUAUGCUUAAUAAUGGUACUUUUAUCAACACCCCAUGAUCAAAUUUUUCUUGAGAUAAAAUAGAAGUGUUAUAAUAUGUGGUGUUAACAAAUGUAACAUUAAUGCAUAAUUAUUAAAAUUAAGGGUGUACUAGACAAAAGUGCUUGGGUUCAUGAUAUGGUGGGAAGAUCCACUUGGCAGAAGCAUCCAGUUUUCAAAUGGCAGGAGUUAGGCAUUUAUGCUAAUUGUAUAGUCGAACCAUACAGAAUUGUUAAUAGAGGUCAAAUGGUUAUGGAGCCUAGCAAACUUCAAAGGAGUACCCAAAGAUGCCAAGAUAAAACUAAAAUUCUAUGUUGGAAAUUACACAGUUGUGGAUAGACUUUUUUACAUGCUCAUACACUAUUCUUGAAUUAGGUAUUUCUAACCAACAAGUCUCUAUUGUUUGGUUUCUCUGACAGAAGUAAGCACCCAUUGUGUUUAGUACACACUCAAGGUAAAAAAGUUAGUAUUUGUAUAACAAACUUUGUCAAGCUUUUUAACCAUUCCUCUCUAUUAAUACUGUGGUCAAACACUCAGUUAUCCAGACCUUAUUCCCUUUUAAUAUGCAGGAGUCUUUAUUGGUGCUGUUGAUGUUGUUGCAUGGAUUUUAAUCAGCUGUGAUCAGGAAGAUUUUAAAUGGCAAUAGUACAGUCCAGUUUAUUCAGUUUGGCAUUGACAUUUGUGAAACAAACAAAAUAUAACCUGUGUAAUAUUCGUAUUUUUCUAUUAUGUUGCCUCUUGAUUAUCUUAACUGUUCAAUGCAAGUCUCAGUGAGUCUGGCCUAUCAAGCUAAAGUUCAACAUUUGAUAGAACCUUGUAGUUUUGGUCACACAAGAUUAGCAUCUGACUUCCUGUCGUUGUUAUGAUUCACCUGCCACAUACCAUGUAGCAUGGAAAGGCUUUUAAUCCUCUAAUGACAAGAAAAUUUAUACUUGAUGCAGAAAGUGUACAUGUAGGUAUAGCUUAAGAGAAUGAAAUUCUUUAUUAUGUAGAAAGGUAAACGCAAGAUGCUAAUUAUUGAGGAGAUCCACAGUUUACUGAAAGUCAUCCAAGGGAAAUCCCAAAGAUUCUAACAGGCAUUGGGGUAUAUUCUACAGUUUUGAUGACAUGUGUUCCCUGUCGCAGCUUUGUAAUUGUAGUGAAAUCUUAAUUUGUUGAACUUCGAAGAGAAAUGAAAAUUUUCUCAAGUUACUUGGGGUUUGAGACAUGGGUAAAAAUUAAUGUGUUUGAGAGGAGCAAAUCAUGAAGGAAAAAUAUUAUAACUUUUGGUUCAAAAUCAAAUUGGCACAUUUUUUUUAACACAUUACUUUUAAAUCCAAGAUUGAAGCAGUUUUUUUCCUGUACUGAUGAUAAAGAUACCUUCAUUUUACUGUAGGUUAUAAGAGAGUCUGGUAGUUUGAUCCACAAAAUUUAUAUUUUAGUGGGUGAUUUUCUUUGGUACUCCCCGCCUGCCCGCCCAACAAUAAUUGCUGUAUUGUAAAGAGGAGAGAUAUAAUCAUAAGGAGAAGUCAAAUAUUAAUCAUUCUUAGGGCACCACUUUUAAUUAUUUAAGCAGAUUAUUACAUAGCUAAAAGUCUCCAAUCAUUAUUUUUUUACUUGACAGUGAAAUAUUUGUUGAAUGAACAGUGCAUCUAUAGUGACAGAUGUCGGAACUGCGAAACUUUUAUUAGAGAAAAUUACAGUCUUAUAAGAAUGUAAAAUGUUUUUGUUCUGACUUGAUCUUUUUGUCUUUUUAAACUACACCAGAAUUGUAAAGUUGAAUGUUGUAAUACAACAUUUUACGUGUAAGGUAUUAUCCAAACAGAAAGGAUGUCUGGUUUCCUGGGCUUAGUUCUUACCUUGCAAAAUCAUUUUCAAAACAUCUUUUUACCAUGUCAAGUGUACAUUUGUCUAUAAUUCUUACUAUUAAAAGUUAAAUAAGUUAGAUUUCAAAAAUGUUGUCCUUUUUUGUCAGAAAGAGCUGAUUAGAAGUCUUCAAUCAGAUUUAUUAAUAAUUAAUGUAGUAAAUGACGUAACCGUCAUCCUCAGAUAUUUUCAACAGAGACAUGAAAACUAAAAGCUUUUCUUCAGUUUUUCUCAGAGCAUUUUUCACUUCCCAAUCAGAAUCUUUGAGGAAAAAGGGACUUAUCACGGUCUAUUUAUGUGAUGGAGGUACUGGUGGAGACAUCAUAGUCAUUACAGAAAGAAUUGUUUAUGUUUCCACCGAUCGAACUGUUUAUACAUAUUGAUAUAUGAACCCUCAUGUACAUGCAUGUAAAACAAACUUCAUAAUUAAAUGAAAAACGUUUUGCAUGUAAAGCAAUAGUUAUCAUUGCCCCGCUUAGUGUUUAUUGUAC